AGACGUUUGAUAUGGACGAUCUUGAUUACCCUGCCUUGUCUGGCUGUAACGAUCGUACUCCUCGUUGCUGUUCUCUAUCCAUCCUACUCACAUCCUCCACAACAUUACAACGUCCUUCGUAGACACGCCUUGGGAUCAACAGACCCUGGACGUAUCAAUCUUCACAAAGAGAAUAUAUUCAUCGCAAGCAGUAUCUACGAUAAGCAGGGCAAACUUACCUCCGGACCAUGGGCACAAAGUAUACUCAGUCUUAUAGAUCUCCUAGGACCUGAGAACGUAUUCCUUAGUAUCUUUGAAGACGACCCAGAUAGCUUGGCAAGAACAUCUCUACAACAUUUCUCCAAGCAAGUCGAAUUUGCGGGACAUGUUGAUCGUGCGGCCUUGCCGCACAUAAAGCUUUCGAACGGCAAAGAGAAACUGAAACGGAUCGAGUUCCUUGCCCACGUCCGCAAUCGUGCUUUGAUCCCUCUGGAAGAUCCAAAAUCGUCUGCGUACUCGGUACGUUUCGACAAGCUGCUCUACCUUAACGACGUUGUCUUCGAUCCCAUUGAUGCGGCAAAUCUCCUUUUUUCGACUAAUGUCGACAAAACCGGCAAGGCCAAAUAUCAUGCUGCUUGUGCAGCCGAUUUCAUCGACCCUUUCAAAUACUAUGACACGUUUGCAACGAGAGACGAUCAAGGCAGUCGGAUCGGUGUGCCCAUCUAUCCGUGGUUCAGUGAUGCAGGCAACGCGAACAGCCGCAAAGAUGUGCUUGGUCAGAAAGACGCAGUGAGAGUACGGAGUUGCUGGGGUGGCAUGACUGCAUUCAACGCAACCUGGUUUCAGCCAGAUGGUAUACAUCUUGAUCUGGGCAUCGCCGACUUGACGGUGGACCACAACGCGACAUCGACUGGCCAAGAUUCCAAGAACUAUGAUUACACAACAGUCACGCCCUUAUCAGAACGCUCUGCCAGACCGAUCCGUUUCCGGGCCUCGGCCGACACCUUUUGGGAUGCCAGCGAAUGCUGCCUCAUCCACGCUGAUCUUGCUGCAGCCGUCAACCACUCGGGCUCGGCAUCAACUGGUAUCUACCUGAAUCCUUACAUCAGGGUCGCAUAUAGCAGCAGAACCCUUUCCUUCCUUCGCCUUAGUCGUCGAUUCGAGCGUCUGUUUGCACCUAUCCAGAAGUUGCUAAGCACGAGUCUUGGUCUGCCAAUCGAAAAUCCUAGAAGAAAACAAGAAGUGGGCAAGGAGUACGAAGAUGUGGUUUGGGAGUAUGAUGAUGCCGCACUGAAUGUGUCUGGCAACAUGUCUGGCGGGUACAGAAAUGUGACGAGAGCUGCACUUCCAGGGGGAUUCUGUGGGCUUAGACAACUUUCUGUACUUGGUGAGGGCAACGAGGUGAGAAAAUGGUUCAACGAAGCUGUGGAGGUGCCAGGGCUUGGAAGA